AUGAUACCACCAUGUCCACGAUGUGGUAAAGAUGACUUUAAAAAGACUCGUGAUCAAAAAGCUCAUCUUAAAAGAAAGUUUAAAUACAAACCAAAGCCUAUUCCACAGAUCAAAGACCAAGUGAUUGUUCAAGAUCUGGGAACCGGUUCAGGCCCAGCAACCCAAGCAUAUAGAGAAAAAAUAACCUCGCAGAAUGAUAUA